AUGGCAGACCCGCUCGGAGGUCCGCCCACUACUUUCUCGAAUUCGCCGUGCAUGCACCCUUUCCGCCCCACAUCCAUCAUGAACGCCAACAGAUUCGACGAGGGCUACUCGGAGGACACGCGCAGCCAAAAUGAGACGGACAUGGUAAUGGGCGCCGGCGACAGCGGCAUGGAGUCAGAGACACAGCAGUUCAGCCUGCCUGACUGGAUCCUGGGGCUAGAUGAGCAACAGCGCAGUGAAAUCGCAUACGCCAUCCUGCGGUCGCUGCGAACGUCUUCCAUAGCCGGCAUUGUCGAGAAGCUGAAUCCACUCCUCCAUCUCGAUCCCGUAGUAUACCUCCCACCAGAGAUCACCUUCCAGAUCCUCUCAUAUCUCGAACCUGAGACACUGCUACGAGCAUCGACGCUGUCGCGAGCCUGGAGGAUACGGGUCAUGGACAGCCCGCUGUGGAAGCUCUUGUUCCGUCUAGAGGGCUGGAACUCCAACUAUCCGCAGGUGCGCGAACAUGAAGAAUCAGAGAGACAGCGGCGUGCUGGCUUCAAAGAGAAAGAGCGCAAGACACGUCCUAGGACCGCAGAGGAUAUGGAUCUGGACAAGCCCUCGUCCAAGAGGCGGGUACGCGGUGAGCGCCAGCUGUUCGGCGACGGCCCAGCCGCAGAAAACGGCGUUCGUGAUGGACUGGAGCGCUCUGGCAAAGGCCAGGCUGCCUGGGGCGAGCAGCAUGGCACAGUCGAGGCUGACGAAGGUCCGUCGACCAGGACGGAAGAUCAAAUGGAAGGUGUUGUUGCAACACCAUCGCAGACUGCACAGCAGCGCCGAAACUCACCUGCGCAAAACGAAGAUCUCUCACCGACGGAAAGCACCUCCCCUCGCAUCCAUCCAACACUACUGCUCCCAGGUCCAGAGCCCAAGAUCAACUGGCAAUACUUGUACAAGCAGAAGAAAAGGCUGGAGGACAACUGGAACGCCGGCCGUUACUCCAACUUUCAACUACCUCACCCUAACCACCCCAACGAAGCUCACACAGAGUGCGUGUAUACGAUACAGUACUCGGGGAAGUAUCUGGUUAGUGGAAGCAGGGACAGGAGUAUCAGGAUCUGGAAUCUCGACACACAACGUCUGAUACACAAACCGCUCCUGGGUCACUCCGCCUCCGUACUGUGCCUGCAAUUCGAUGAGCGGCCUGAACAUGACUUGGUCGUAUCUGGAGGCAGUGACUGCAGAGUCAUACUGUGGCAGUUCUCGACUGGACAAAUGAUCAAGGAGAUCGAAAAGGCACAUUCAGAAUCCGUUCUAAACCUGAGAUUCGAUGAUCGAUAUUUGGUCACUUGCUCGAAAGACAAGACCAUCAAAGUCUGGAAUCGAAGGGAGAUGCUGCCCACUGAUGAUACGUAUCCCUCGUCAACUACCAAGAGCGGGGCACGUUUCCCUGAGUACAUCAUCAAUAUGCAACAGCAUGUGGAAAACCAGCAUCUGCACUUCACACCUCUGCGGCCUUACAACCUUGUCAUGACACUGGAAGGUCAUGGUGCCGCCGUCAACGCCAUACAGAUCCUCGAUGGGCAGAUCGUCUCUGCUUCUGGAGACAGGAGCGUCAAAGUCUGGGAUGUACGAACUGGUGCAUGCAUCCGCACUUUCCAGGGUCACAGCAAGGGCAUUGCUUGUGUGCAAUUUGACGGACGAAGAAUCGUCAGCGGUAGCUCUGACGAAACAGUCCGCAUCUUCGACCGAGCUACAGGAGCUGAAGUAGCUUGUCUGCAAGGGCACAGCAAUCUUGUGCGCACUGUGCAAGCUCAGUUUGGAGACCUUCCCGGCAACGAGGAAGAGCUCGAAGCCGAAGCACGAGCUGUGGACCGCAAUUUCUUCGAAGCGCAAAAUAGAGGCCAGAUCGAACAGAGACUCUCUAGGUCACAACGGCGCGCCCGCAAUGCUGGUUCCCGGGAUCCGAAGUCUAUCUUUGCCUAUGGUGCGAAGCUACCUCCGGGUGGUGGAGGCAGCAAGUGGGCCCGAAUCGUCUCUGGUUCCUACGAUGAGACAGUCAUCAUCUGGAAGAAAGGGGCCGACGGCGCUUGGGAGAAGUCGAAGAUCCUGUACCAGAACGAUGCUGUCAGAGCCGCAGGCGGCCGACCCAGACGGCCAGUCGCCCAACCUCCUGCUCAAGGGGCUCAGGGCAAUCAGAACGCCGCGCAGCAACAAGCAGGUCAAGCAGUCGCACAGCAAAACAACUUUCAGGCAUUGGCGCAGCAAGCACAAGCUCAGGCACAAGCAGCUCAGAACCUCGCUCAGCAGGCACAAGCACUUCAUGCAGCCUCACAAGCAAUGCAUGGCAACACUGCUGGUAACGCUGCCAAUGUCGGAAACCCACGACCGCCCAUCACUGCUACUGCCGCUGCCACUGCUGCUGCACAGCAAGGAGCACCUGCAAAUGCUGCAGCUCACCACCACCAUCACGGUCCUCAUCACCACCACCAUCCCCACCCACUUGGCGUACCCCUUGCCAACCAAGGCACCAACUCACGUGUCUUCAAACUGCAGUUCGACGCUCGUAGAAUUAUCUGCUGCAGUCAAGAUCCUACGAUCGUGGGCUGGGACUUUGCGAACGGCGAUAAGGACAUUGUUCUUGCUAGCCAAUUCUUCGGCGACUCUUACUAG